AAUAUACCAUUUGCCAGGGGUUAAACCCCUCGCAAGUCCCUGGUAUAUACUGAUCUGAUUUGACCUUCCAUCAGUCAGUCAACACGUCAGUCAGAGCAGACUGCACAACAGAAAAAAGUGAGGGAAUAUACCAGGGUUAUGACAGGGACAAAGCCAGGCCAUAUACCAGGGGUUGAGCCCCUCGUUUUUUUCUCAGGGGUGUAACCCCUGGUAAAAUGUUUGCGACGAGCGCUUUUGCCAAUACUUCUGCCCCUGACAAAUUCCCUCACAAACGUCCCUUUUCUCAGGGAUUCUGUCCUUUUCCCAGGGAUUUUGCCGCUGGCAAAAGGCAAUGUUUCUUGUAGUGAUAGGAUAGUGAGAUGGGAUCUCAGAUCUAGGAGUUCCUAGGUUGAAAUCAAUACGGGUAGGUCCUAGGUCUUUAGUGUAAACGAGGAGUUUGCUGAGAGCUAUAGAAUAAGGACUACACUAGUGGAUUUCCUUGCUGGCUUGGUAGCCUUCAGAGUAGGUGUGUUUGUCACCGAACUGGGUUAACAAACUUGUUGUGCCUUUUACUUGUCUUUUAUUUUGUUUCAUUUAUGUUUACUGCUAGCGCGAUGUUGGAAUAUUAAACGGAACAUCUGCUGUCUGUGCAUCUGAAAUUGAAACAUCACAUACUGUCUGAUUUCUGCUAGCUCGAUGUUAAAACAUCUUACUCAACAUUAUGUUCGUAUCUGAUGUUGAAACAUCGUAUAAAACAUAUGAAAGCUAGCCUUCCAGAAUUUCAUAUUUCCACUAUUAGAUUGUGGAUUGAUAGGUCCACACACAUCUCUAGUUCAAGCUUCACAAUGGCCCUCCAUUUUGAAACUUUUGAAAUAGGUUCCCUAUAUUGUUUUCCCAACACACAGUUUGAGCAUAUGUCAGAUACCUUCUUUAGAUCAGGUAGAUCCUUAACCAUAUCUUUUUCUUCACCAAACUAUUUAAACCUUUGUAACUCAAAUGUCCAUAUCUAUUAUGCCAUAAUUUAGUUUCACUUUCACUUGAAACUUUCAAACACAUAGGAAUGAUUACAUGUGCACAUAUGAUGUACAUUCUAUUAGAUGACGUUUGUGUUUACAUGAUUAACCCCUUUUCUUCCUGAAACAUUUUGCACAUAUUUUUUUGAAACAUUAUUGUGAGAUUCUUCUGCUGAAGUUGCCCUAUACUCAAUAGAUUGUUACCAAGUCCAAGUAAAUAAUGAACAUCAAUGAUAACCUAAACUAUUCCUCUAAUGAACAAUUUUAGAUUCCCUUUUUCCAUAACCUGCAUCUUUGAGUCAUUUCCCAAUUUCACAUAUGCCCUAAAGCUAUCAUCAAAUUCAAACAUCCAAUCUGUUGUUCAUACCAUAUGAUUGCUACAGACAAAAUCAAGGAACCAUACCUCAUCUUUAGCUUGAUUUGUGAUUUCUUGUUUUGCCAUCAGAAGCAUUUUUUCACUAUCAUCAAAUUCAGUGUAAUUGGCAUCAUUCUCUUCCCAGGUAAGGCAUUCACUCUGAUAAUAACCAAUCUUACGACACUUGAAGCAUUCAAUGAAUUUUUUACUUUGUCUUCCUCUUCCACGUCCUCCAGGACCUCUGCACCCAUUUCUUACCCCUCUACUUCUUCCAUAUCCUCUUCCAGAUUGAGAGACUUUCAAUGCUUGUUCUUCUUCUUUUGAAUGUUGAGCAUGCAUUCUUUGUUCAUGAACAAGAAGACUGCUUUGUAACUCAUCAACACUGAGCAUAGUAACAUCAUUGGAUUCUUCAAUUGAACAAACUACAUAGUUGAAUUUGGGAGUCAUUGAACACAUAACUUUUUCCACAAUAAUAGUUUGCUCCAAUCUUUCACCAUGAGAUGUCAUGCAAUUUGUAAUUGCAAGAGUUUUUCCUAUGUAAUCAUUCACAGAUUCACUAUCUUUCAUGGCAAGAACUUCUAAUUCACGACGAAGAAUUUGCAAUUGAGCUCGUUUAACCUUUGUUGAGCCUUGAUAUUUUCUACGCAUGGAAUCCCAUAUAUCCUUUGAUGUAUCACAAACAAUAAUUUUCUCCAUGAUUGAGCGAUCUAUGGAUUGAAAGAGAUAAUUCUUCACUUUCAAAUCACGAAGCUUGCUUUCAUUUACAAGUUUAUGUUGUUCUAGUGUUGCGUUUGGUGGAGCAAUGAUGACGCCAUAUUCAAUAAGAUUCCAAUAUUCUUUGGAGCGAAGAAGAUUCUCCAUUAACAUAGACCAAUGAUUGUAGAAACCAUCGAACUUAGGAAUUGCAGGUUGAAGAAACGAGGAUGAUUUAGUCAUUGUUGAAACCGUAGGGAAGAAAUGCUUGAAAAACUAAGGAUGAAGAUCAUUGUUGUCACAGUAACAGACAAGUAUCGCCGCCAUAACUAACUUUCUCCAUCAUAACAAAUUGUUCCCCCCCCCCCCCAAAUGAAAUUGUGUUUCUCUAAAAAUCAGGACGCCCUUAGGCUCCUGAUACCACUUGUAGAAAAUGGGAAAACUCUCAUUAUUAUUUCACUAAGUGUUUGACAGAUUUAUAGCCAAUGAUACAAGCUUGUGUUACAAUAACAUAUUAUUCAACAGUGGUGGGAAGGUGUCAUCGACUCAUCAUUGUGUAGCGUUCGGGAAAGACGCGUAUUCUAUAUGGUCAAAAUCAGUUGAUACAAAAAGAUCUAAGUUUGUAUUUUUACCGACAAAGAUAUCAGCCUGUUCUCGCAGUUUUAGAUAGCCUCUCAGAGUUGUGAUCCACUCUCUGAUUUAAGAUCAUGGCAGGGGUUAUUGAUGGGGCAUUUCUUUCGUCUGUCUUUUUAGUGAUUCGUGAGAAGUUGGCUUCUAGAGAUUUCAGAAACUACUUCCAUGAAAUGCUGCGGAAAAAACUUGAAAUCACACUGGAUUCUAUCAAUGAAGUACUGGAUGAAGCAGAUGUAAAGGAAUACCAACACCGAAACGUGCGGAAAUGGCUUGAUGAUAUCAAACACGAGGUAUUUGAAUUAGAGCAACUAUUGGAUGUGAUUGCUGAUGACGCACAACCAAAGGGCAAGAUACGACGCUUUCUUUCACGUUUUAUUAAUCGAGGAUUUGAAGCUAGGAUUAAAGCAUUGAUACAGAACCUAGAGUUUCUUGCAGAUCAAAAGGAUAAAUUGGGACUUAAUGAAGGUAGAGUGACUCCCCAGAUAUUACCAACUGCACCUUUGGCACAUGUAUCUGUCAUAUAUGGUAGAGAGCAUGAGAAAGAGGAAAUAAUUAAAUUUUUACUUUCAGACAGUCACAGUCACAACCAUGUACCCAUAAUCUGUAUAGUGGGUAUGAUUGGGAUGGGUAAGACAACCCUUGCCCGGCUUGUUUACAAGGACCACAAGAUACUGGAGCAAUUUGAACUUAAAGCUUGGGUCUAUGUUUCAAAAUCUUUUGAUCUUGUUCAUCUCACCCGAUCAAUUCUCAGGCAAUUUCAUUUAUCAGCAGCUUAUAGUGAAGACUUAGAAAUACUCCAACGUCAAUUACAACAGAUAGUAACUGGCAAGAAAUACUUGCUUGUUUUAGACAAUAUCUGUAGCGGAAAAGCGGAAUGUUGGGAGAUGCUACUACUUCCGUUUAGCCAUGGAUCUUCUGGAAGUAAGAUGAUGGUGACAACGCAUGACAAGGAAGUAGCAUCAAUCAUGGGAUCCACCCAGCUAGUUGAUUUAAAUCAAUUGGAGGAGAGUGACUCUUGGAGUUUAUUUGUGAGAUAUGCUUUUCGAGGUAGGGAUGUGUUUGAAUAUCCAACUCUUGUAUUGAUAGGCAAGAAAAUAGUAGAAAAGUGUGGGGGGAUUCCUUUAGCUCUAAAAACAAUGGGGCAACUUUUGCAAAAAAAAUUCUCUGUAACCGAAUGGAUGAAGAUAUUGGAGACUGAUAUGUGGCAUUUAUCAGAUGGUGACAGCAUUAACCCCGUACUGAGAUUGAGUUACCUUAACCUCCCAUCCAAUCUGAAGCGUUGUUUUGCUUAUUGUUCUAUAUUUCCCAAGGGCUAUGAGUUUGAGAAGGGUGAAUUAAUCAAGCUUUGGAUGGCAGAAGGCUUGCUAAAGUGUUGGGAAAGACACAAAAGUGAAGAAAAGUUGGGCAAUGAAUUCUUCAAUCAUCUAGUGUCAAUAUCGUUUUUCCAACAAUCAGUAACUAUGCCAUUAUGGGCUGGCAAGCACUACUUCAUCAUGCAUGAUCUUGUCAAUGAUUUAGCAAAAUCAGUGUCAGGAGAAUUCUGCUUAGAAAUAGAGGGUGGCAACGUGCAAGAUAUCCCUAAUAGGACACGUCAUAUUUGGUGCUGCCUUGAUUUGGAAGAUGGUGAUAGAAAACUGAAGCAGAUUCAUAAAAUUAAAGGACUACACAGUCUGAUGGUAGAAGCACAAGGCUAUGGUGAAAAACGCUUUAAGAUAAGCACCAGUGUGCAGCAUAAUUUGUUUUCAAGAAUAAAAUAUUUGCGGAUGUUGUCCCUUUCUGGUUGCAAUCUCGUAAAGCUAGAUGAUGAGAUAAGAAAUUUAAAGCUUCUGCGCUAUCUAGACCUUUCUAAAACUGAGAUUGCAAGCUUACCUAAUUCCAUUUGUACGCUGUAUAAUUUGCAAACAUUCUUAUUGGAAGAAUGUUUUAAAUUGACCGAACUCCCUUCAGAUUUUCACAAACUCAUCAAUUUGCGCCAUCUUAAUCUGAAAGGCACUCAUAUUAAGAAGAUGCCAACAAAGCUCGAAGGGUUAAACAAUCUUGAAAUGCUGACUGAUUUUGUUGUGGGAGAGCAGCGUGGGUUUGAUAUUAAGCAGUUGGGAAAACUAAACCAACUUCAAGGAAGCCUUCGAAUUUCAGGGAUGGAAAAUGUCAUUGAUCUAGCAGAUGCUAUUGCAGCAAAUUUGAAAGAUAAGAAACAUUUAAAAGAAUUAAGUAUGUCAUAUGAUUAUUGUCAAAAAAUGGAUGGCUCAAUAACUGAGGCACAUGCCUCUGUCAUGGAGAUUCUUCAACCAAAUAGAAACCUCAUGAGGCUCACCAUCAAAGACUACAGAGGCAGAAGCUUUCCAAAUUGGCUUGGCGAUCUUUAUUUACCCAAGUUAGUAUCCCUUGAAUUGUUGGGAUGUAAAUUCCAUUCCGAAUUGCCACCACUUGGGCAGUUCCCCUCUCUCAAGAAGCUUUCCUUUUCAGGCUGUGAUGGAAUAGAGAUCAUUGGUACAGAAUUUUACGGCUAUAAUUCAUCAAAUGUUCCAUUUAGAUUCCUUGAAACAUUGCGAUUUGAGAACAUGUCUGAAUGGAAGGAAUGGUUAUGUCUUGAAGGUUUCCCUUUGCUUCAAGAGCUUUGUAUAAAACAUUGUCCCAAGUUGAAAAGAGCCCUGCCUCAACACCUUCCUUCUUUGCAAAAAUUGGAGAUUACUGAUUGCCAAGAGUUGGAGGCUUCAAUUCCCAAGGCUGAUAAUAUCACUGAGCUAGAACUGAAGAGAUGUGAUGACAUUUUGAUAAAUGAAUAUCCAUCCAGCUUGAAAAGGGUCAUCCUUUGUGGAACUCAGGUCAUUAAAUCCUCCCUAGAGAAAAUUCUAUUUAACAGUGUCUUUCUUGAAGAGUUGGAAGUUGAGGACUUCUUUGAUUCAAAUCUAGAAUGGUCCUCUUUGGACAUGUGUAGCUGUAAUUCUCUUCGCACUUUAACUAUAACAGGUUGGCACUCUUCCUCCUUGCCUUUUGCUCUACACUUGCUCACCAAUCUUAAUUCUCUCGUUUUGUACGAUUGUCCAUGGCUAGGGUCGUUUUCAGGCAGGCAGUUGCCUUCCAACCUAUGCAGCCUCCGAAUAGAAAGAUGUCCUAAAUUAAUGGCUUCGAGAGAGGAGUGGGGUUUGUUCCAACUCGAUUCUCUGAAACAAUUCAGUGUUAGUGAUGAUUUUCAAAUCUUGGAGUCCUUUCCGGAGGAGAGUCUGCUUCCAUCAACUAUUAAAUCCUUUGAGUUAACAAAUUGUUCCAACCUAAGAAAAAUAAACUACAAGGGUCUUCUCCACCUCACUUCACUUGAAUCUCUAUGUAUUGAAGACUGCCCUUGUCUUGACAGCUUGCCAGAGGAGGGUCUACCCAGCUCCCUUUCUACUUUGUCCAUUCAUGACUGCCCAUUAAUUAAGCAGCUGUACCAAAUGGAGGAAGGCGAGCAUUGGCAUAAAAUUAGUCACAUUCCUGAUGUAACAAUUUCCUGAUUAGCGGUUGGGAUGAGCUGUUAUUGUAGCCAGGUGCACCGCAUUCACCAAUUUGUUUAUACUUGUCAAAGAUUUGUGAAUUUCUGUCAAAUCAUACAAUAAUGCACAAGAUACUAUGUUUUAUCUUGAACAGUGCAUGGUGUUUGUGAUAUAUGCUCCAAUUGUGUUCCUGACCACUUACAUGUGACCUGAAACCAUGCGAUUUUUUUGCCAUUCAAUCUCAUUCAUGACCAGAUGAAUGGCACAACCAGAAGAAUGUCGCUGUUGCUUGUUUGUUCCACCGCCACAGAGCUCAAGUAUGAUCUAAUCGUAGGCCCCACAUUUGGAUGUGUACACGCUGUGGUUUGUUGUGCUUGUAAUUCUUUUUUUAUUUACUUCACCUCUUUGUUAUUCCUGUGACUUUGUAUCCCUUUUUUUGGGUCUCUUUAAAUUGUAUGUUUUUAAUGUUCUGCCUGCCCAGUGCCCAGAAAAAGAGGCAGUUGAAUAAUAUGCAUCGACCAAUUAUAAGGCGAGGAUGACC